UUCCUUCCAGGUGUUUUUUUUUUGUUGUUGUUGUUUUUCUUGCUGGCAAAUGGAGGUUUGCUGGAAGAUGAAGCACUUGGAGGGAAUGUUUUGAUUUUUUUUUUUUUUUUUUUUUUUUUUUUUUUUUUUUUUUAGGAUUUUCAGGAUGGAAUCUGAGGUGCAGGUUCCCUGUGCGGCCUCUCUGGGGCUAUGGCUGCGCUCCCACCUUGAAAUACUUUGGGAUUUGGGGGAAACCAACUAAUUCCUGGGGCUCUGUGCCUUGCACCAGGCUCAGGCAAAGCUGGAAUUGUGGGUUUUCCCAAGGAGUGGGUUGCACUUGCUUUGCCUAGGGACGUGCACCGUGUUUGUAGCAGCUUCACAUUUAUUUUCCAAGGUGACUUGAACGCAGCUACAACCCAAACAGGGUUUGACAUCCCAUCCCACCGGGAUCAGGGACAGCCAGGGAUCUCUCACCCCCCAUUCUCAGGCUCUCCUCUCUCCUCUUUAGGUCCUGCUAGCGAGUCAUGAUGGUUGAAUCUGCCUCAGAGACGAUCCGCUCCACGCCCUCGGCUCAGAACGGGGUGAGCAGCCUCAGCAAUCAGCCCGAUGGUGGCGGUGGCAGCGGUGGUGGCCCCGGGGGUGGCCGUGAUGGCGCUGCCGGAGCCGAGGCCAACGGAGAGAUGAGCCCCGUGGAGCUCCUGCACUUCCAGCAGCAGCAGGCUCUGCAGGUGGCUCGGCAGUUCCUGCUGCAGCAGGCCACGGGGCUCAGCUCCCCCAGCAGCAACGAGGGCAAGCAGCCAGCGGUGCAGGUCCCCGUGUCCGUGGCCAUGAUGUCCCCACAGAUGAUCACGCCGCAGCAGAUGCAGCAGAUCCUGUCCCCGCCCCAGCUCCAGGCCCUCCUGCAGCAGCAGCAGGCGAUAAUGCUGCAACAGCUGCAGGAAUACUACAAGAAGCAGCAGGAGCAGCUUCACCUGCAGCUGUUGACCCAGCAGCAAGCCGGAAAGCAGCAACCCAAAGAGCCGUUGGGGAACAAGCAGCUGGCCUUCCAGCAGCAGCUCCUGCAGAUGCAGCAGCUCCAGCAGCAGCACCUGUUAAACCUGCAGCGCCAGGGCCUGGUGAGCCUCCCACCAGGGCAGGGCACGGUGCCCCUGCAGACCCUGCCCCAAGCUGUUUGUCCCUCAGACCUCCAGCAGCUCUGGAAGGAGGUCACGGCCGCCCAGCCCGUCGAGGACAGCAUUAAGCAGGAAGGUCUUGACCUCACCACCAACACCUCCAACUCUACCUCGUUUUCGGCCGCCAAGGUCUCGCCUCCCAUUUCCCAUCACCCUCUGCCCAAUGGACAGAGCACCAUGCACACGCCCAGAAGGGACAGCUCUUCCCAUGAAGAGACCCCCGGCUCCCACCCGCUCUAUGGCCACGGAGAGUGCAAGUGGCCUGGCUGCGAAACCCUCUGUGAGGACUUGGGGCAGUUUGUCAAACACCUCAACACAGAACAUGCACUUGAUGACCGAAGCACGGCCCAGUGUCGAGUCCAGAUGCAAGUGGUACAGCAGCUGGAGAUACAGCUGGCCAAGGAGAGCGAGCGUCUCCAAGCAAUGAUGGCCCAUCUUCACAUGAGACCUUCAGAGCCAAAGCCUUUCAGCCAGCCUGUAAGCGUGAGUCCCUUCCUGCCCUCUAUUGCCACCCUCUCCAAGAGCACUUCCGACACGUUUCCUGACGGUUUACCUCAUCCCCCCACCUCGGCCACGGCGCCCAUCACCCCCCUGCGGCAGGGCCCCUCCGUCAUCAGCUCUUCCACUUUACACAACGUGGGGCCCAUCCGCAGGAGGAACUCGGAGAAGUUCUGCACCCCAAUCUCUUCAGAGCUUGCACAGAAUCACGAGUUUUACAAAAACGCCGACGUCCGGCCGCCCUUCACGUACGCCUCGCUCAUCCGGCAGGCCAUCCUGGAGACCCCCGACAGGCAGCUAACGUUGAAUGAAAUCUAUAACUGGUUCACGCGGAUGUUCGCCUACUUCCGGAGGAACACGGCCACCUGGAAGAACGCCGUCCGCCACAACCUGAGCCUGCACAAGUGCUUUGUGCGCGUGGAGAACGUCAAGGGCGCCGUGUGGACCGUGGACGAGCACGAGUACCAAAAGCGAAGGCCACCAAAGAUGACAGGGAGUCCCACCUUAGUCAAAAAUAUGAUUUCAGGACUCGGUUACGGAGCACUUAAUGCAAGUUACCAGGCUGCGCUGGCAGAGAGCAGCUUCCCCCUGCUCAACAGCCCCACCAUGAUCAACACCAGCUCGGCCAGUGCCAUGCUGCACGUGGGCCACGACGAUGUCAGCAGCACCGUGGAGCAGGUCAACAGCAAUGGCAGCAACAGCCCCCGCCUGUCCCCACAGCAGUACAGCCACCCCGUGCACGUGAAGGAGGAGCCAGCCGAGGCGGAGGACGACAGCAGGCCCGUGUCACUGAUGGCCACCACCAACCAGAAUGUGACGAUCCCCGACGACAGGGACCUGGAGGAGGAGCUGCCGGUGGAAGACUUGUCCUAA